CAUUGUGGGUAAUCAGUCCUUUUAAACAUGGCAGCGACCAUGGAUAUUUCUAUUGAGCGUGUUUUGUCAAUAGAAACAACAAAUGAGAGUGAAGACUUCAAGACAGUGGAAUCGAAUGCCACACGUAAAAGAAAGCACAAGGACACAGACAGCAAAAUGGAAACAGAAGUAGAAACAAAGAGGCCACAUUUUCCUGCAAUAUCAGGAAGCAAAUUGCUCGGAGGAAAGACUGAAGUAAGAAAAGUGGCAAUCCCAUCUCACAGAUAUACACCGCUGAAGGAAAAUUGGAUGAAGAUCUACUCACCAAUUGUGGAGCACCUCAAUCUACAGAUCAGAUGCAACCUCAAAACCAGGAAUGUGGAGAUACGAACAUGUAAAGACACAACAGACAUAGGAGCUCUCCAGAAGGCUGCAGAUUUUGUUAAGGCUUUCACUCUUGGAUUUGAAGUUGAGGACGCAUUAGCUUUGGUGAGGUUAGAUGACCUGUUUUUGGAAUCCUUUGAUGUUACUGAUGUGAAACCUCUGAAAGGUGAUCAUCUAUCUAGAGCCAUUGGACGGGUGGCCGGAAAAGGCGGAAAAACGCGAUUCACCAUAGAAAAUGUAACAAAGACAAGGAUUGUUGUUGCCAAUUCGCGGAUUCACAUUCUUGGUUCUUUCCAGAAUAUAAAAAUAGCACGCACAGCAAUAUGCAACUUGAUAUUAGGGAGUCCGCCAUCUAAGGUUUAUGGUAAUUUGAGGACAGUAGCAAGUAGAGCAACAGAGAGUUUCUAAAGGGGAUUCCAUUGACAGGUGUAGACAGUAAUAGAUUUGCAUACUUCUAUCAUAUUCAAGGUAUACAUACAAGAUCAAUUAUUUGGAUAUAUGUAUAAUUUCAAGGUUAUCAUUGAGAUGCACAUUUCAUGCAUUAAAUGACUAUCACUGUAAAAUAAACGAGCAUUCUCUCAUUUUGCUCAAACCUA